AUGGCUCACAUCGCCCGAGAGCUCAGCUCGGCUACUAGUGCCAAUGCUCCACCACAUCGACCCAUCCGCGCAGAUACGCUUGACCUCAAGCAGAAGCUCGCCGUAGCACUGGGUCAGAACGGUGCUCGCUACUGGCAGACCCUCGUGCAGUUCCUCAAGGGCGGUAUUGACCGUUCCGAGUUCGAAGCGCUUGCUCAUAAGGCGCUCAAGACCGAGCACAUCCAUCUUCACAACGCUCUCAUCCUCGGCAUCCUCUACAACGCCAGUGCGGAUGUACCCGGCCCAUCCAGCCGUGCCACCAGGCGCAUCACCCGCAUCCUUCCCGACGGCACCACCAUCACCGAAGAGGAAGAGGAGGAGCCAAGUCGCAAGCGCCUCCGCAACCUCGUCGCCGGUCUCCCACGAAAGGAACGUCUGCGUCUCAAGAACCUCGAAAAGGCCGGCAAGCUCGGUGCCAAUGCGGUUGGCGGCGCCGCCAGCCUCGGCUGGGCCGGCUCGGCAGCUGACAUGCUCGAGAAGAAGCGCAAGGACGAAGAAAAGCGCAAGGUCGCCGAGGACCGUCGCAAGGUAAGACUGCACAAGAGUGCGAUUGGCGCCAAGGACUGGAAGGGUCAAGCCAUCCAAGCCACCCAGCAGAUCGCCGCCGUGCGUGGAAAGCUCUCUUUCUCCGCCCAACAAGCCGUCAUGCGUGCCAUGCAGGCUCCAUUGUGCGUCGAGUCCAAGCAUCUGCCCGAUCUGGACGGCAUCAAGGAUCGAAUGACGCUGCUCGCUGUAGAGAACGGCAUGCCGGGAGGUGUUCAGCCUCAAGCCGCUGCCAUGGUGCUCUCGGCGCUUCAGAGUCACCUGCAGAACGUCGCCAGCAGCAUCAUCACGAAGAUCCGUGCCAACAGGACGGAUGGCAUCCGCACCAACGAGCCUCUUCGUCCCGCCGCUGAAUACAAUAUCAGCCUCGAGGCGUCUUCCUACAUGCCGGACCCACUCCGUGCCUCGCCGGCGCUCGAUGCGAUGGACGUCGACGACAGCGCCAAUAACUCGGUGCACGGCAGUCCCGCUCGACACGUACGCUCCGUCCCCUCGGACGCUUCUUCGCGCACCAGCACGUCUGGCAUCGGCACCUCGUUUGCCGACUCGUCGGUCCUUUCUCUUGCUAGCACUGCUCCGACAAGCCUGACAGGCCCGACGUCGCCCUCAAUCCGCGACGGCGACAGCAGCGGCAACUUACAAGACACCUCCUUCGGCAACAGCAGCACCAGCGCUGACGCCGACGACGGCGCUGCUGGCGGCAGCUCCAACCGACUCAAGCGAUCGCGCGAUACGAUGGAGUCUGGCUCUGAGCGUUCCGACGCCGCUUCCACACGGCUCACCGUCUCCGACCUGUCAUUCCUCAUCGAGGUCGCGCCGCACACGGUGGUUGAGCCGCUGGGCCAGGGCACCCGCGAGCGCAUGCUCGCACCCGAAUGGAGCGACGACACUGUCGACGAUGACGGACCUCACGUCUCACCGGAACGUCAGCUGGCCCGAGCCGCCCGUCUCGCAGCCACCACCCACCUCAGCGAUGCCACCACCGGAGGCGCCGAAACGCCCGUCCGCAACCGCUUCAUCAUCGACCAGUCCGCCCCGCUCAAGCUGCUCGACCGCCGCAGCCUCGCCGAGAACGAGGGCAAACUCCGUCCGACGAAAGGUGGUCUCUCGGUCCCUGAGACGGUGCUGGCCGAUGUCAACGGCAGGAAGAACUCGCUGGGCCAGCAACAGCAUAGGCACAAGGACGACAUUUGGGAUGUGGUCGAUCCCGUGGCGCUGUUCGGCACACUUUGUGAGUGA